AUGGCCCGGCAAGGAGGCGACUCCCCGCUCGGUGUACGCAUGCGCGCGCAUGCGCGGUUCCCUUCCCCCUUUCUGGAGCGGCGGGCGGCUGGAGUGACUCCCCUUCGGUGCGUGAGGCGAGCGGGGAAGGCCGCGACGCCGGUUGUUCCCAUGCAGGAGACCGAGGAGAGCCUGGCGCCCGCCGUUCCCGACGGGGCGGAAGCAGAGGAAGCGGAGGAGGGCUCCGAAGAGGCUGGGAAGAAGAAGCCGGGCGGGCCUAGUGCUUCGGAGGAGCCUGAGGCGGGCAAGGCCGAGGCUGAGGCCUUGCGGGACCACGACGAGGAGGUGAAGGAGGACGGCGAGGAGGGAGAGCAGGAGAAGCCGGCCUCGCCCCUGCCUCAGUCCGCUCUCCCCACCGCUGAGGAGGAGAAACCCCUCUGCCCUGAAGGGAAGGAGGAGGAGGAGGAGGAAAAGGAAGCUUCUGAGGAAGAGACAUCUCUAGGAGAGGAAGCCAAAGAGGAGGAGGAAAAGGAAAAGGAGGAGAAGGAGGAGCAGCCCAUCGCUACCGUCGAGGAGAAGCAGCCUCCAGAACCGAAGGAGGAGAAGGCAGGCGAAGGCGAGGAGGCGCCUCCCUCAGAGAGGGAACCAGAGGACGAGGAGGAGGAAGAAGAGGAGGAGGAGGACGACAUCUCUUUCAGCGACCCUGAGGACUUUGUGGACGACAUCGAUGAGGAAGAAUUACUUGGAGAUAUUCUGCAAGAACGUCCACAGGAGGCAGAUGGAAUUGAUUCAGUGAUUGUCGUGGACAAUGUUCCUCAGGUUGGACCAGACCGUCUUGAGAAACUGAAGAAUGUUAUCCAUAAGAUUUUCUCAAAGUUUGGUAAAAUUACCAAUGAAUUCUACCCCGAAGCUGAUGGACAGACUAAAGGGUAUAUCUUCUUGGAAUACAUGUCUCCAACCCAUGCCUUGGAUGCUGUUAAAAAUGCAGAUGGCUACAAGCUGGACAAGCAGCACACUUUCAGAGUGAACCUUUUCACUGACUUUGACAAAUAUAUGACAAUCAGUGAUGAGUGGGAAAUUCCAGAAAAGCAGCCAUUUAAAGACUUGGGGAAUUUGCGCUACUGGUUGGAGGAUCCAGAUUGUAGAGAUCAGUACAGUGUGAUCUUUGAAUCUGGAGAUAGGACUACUAUAUACUGGAAUGAUGUCAAAGAUCCUGUCACAAUUGAGGAGCGAACUCGAUGGACAGAAACUUAUGUACGCUGGUCUCCAAAGGGCACCUAUCUGGCUACAUUCCAUCAGAGAGGCAUUGCACUCUGGGGUGGAGAGAAAUUCAAACAAAUUCAGAAGUUCGGCCAUCAGGGAGUACAGCUCAUUGACUUCUCGCCUUGUGAAAGGUAUCUAGUGACCUUCAGUCCUCUAAUGGACACGCAAGAUGACCCUCAAGCGAUCAUUAUCUGGGAUACCUUAACUGGACAGAAGAAACGAGGAUUCCACUGCGAAAGCUCAGCACAUUGGCCCAUUUUUAAGUGGAGUCAUGAUGGAAAAUUCUUUGCUCGAAUGACAUCUGAUACACUUAGCAUCUAUGAAACACCUUCUAUGGGUCUGUUGGACAAGAAAAGUUUGAAAAUCCAAGGGAUCAAAGAUUUUUCCUGGUCUCCUGGUGGCAACAUAAUUGCCUUUUGGGUGCCUGAAGACAAAGAUAUCCCCGCAAGGGUGACCCUGAUGCAACUACCUUCCCGACAAGAGAUGAGAGUGCGGAACCUGUUCAAUGUGGUGGACUGCAAGCUGCACUGGCAAAAGAAUGGGGAUUAUCUAUGCGUAAAGGUCGACAGAACCCCUAAAGGGACACAGGGUGUAGUGACCAACUUUGAAAUCUUCCGUAUGAGGGAGAAGCAAGUUCCAGUUGAUGUGGUGGAAAUGAAAGAAAGCAUCAUAGCCUUUGCUUGGGAGCCAAAUGGAAGCAAGUUUGCUGUGCUGCAUGGAGAAUCGCCACGGAUAUCCUGUUCUUUCUACCAUGUGAAGAACAAUGGGAAGAUAGAGCUCAUUAAAAUCUUUGACAAGCAGCAGGCCAACACGAUAUUCUGGAGUCCUCAAGGACAGUUUGUGGUGCUGGCUGGUCUCAGGAGCAUGAAUGGUGCCUUAGCAUUUGUAGAUACAUCUGAUUGCACCAUGAUGAACAUUGCUGAGCAUUACACUGCCUCCGAUGUCGAAUGGGAUCCCACAGGCCGCUACGUCAUCACCUCCGUGUCUUGGUGGAGUCACAAGGUGGACAAUGCCUAUUGGCUGUGGACUUUCCAGGGACGCCUCCUCCAGAAGAACAACAAAGACCGAUUCUGCCAGUUACUGUGGAGACCCAGGCCGCCUACUUUGCUCACCCAAGAUCAGAUCAAGCAAAUCAAGAAGGACCUGAAGCGCUACUCCAAAAUAUUUGAACAGAAAGAUCGUCUCAGCCAAUCCAAAGCCUCAAAGGAAUUGGUAGAUAGAAGGCGAACAAUGAUGGAAGAGUUCAAGAAAUACCGCCAAAUGGCGCAAGAGCUGUACAUGAAACAGAGGGAUGAGCGGCUAGAACUCAGAGGAGGAGUGGACACUGAUGAGCUGGACAGCAAUGUAGACGACUGGGAGGAGGAGACCGUUGAAUUUUUUAUCAAUGAAGAAAUUAUUACUGUUGUCGAGCCAGAGUAAUCCGAAAACUGUGCACCACCACAUCUUACAUCGAGAAGGGAAAUCGUUCAUUUUCAAAAGGUCUACACAGCUUGGAAUUCUGACAACUCCAUCUUAUCUCUCUGGACGGUGAAUGCCUAGGGUUUAUUCAUUCUGACACAUUGUAGUGCCUUCUGGUUCUCACUGCCUCCCGUGGGGUCCUUUGAAAGGCGGCACUGCUUUUAAAUUUUUAUUCUAUUCCCAGGAGAGGGUUUGGCUUAAUUUUUAAUAUUCUACCCACCGGUAUUUGCUGCUUGGCACACCUGAGCAGGGCUCCCUAACUGGGCAGCUUGGAACUGUUGCCCUUUCCAGCACAGCCUUGGCCCAUUUUCCAGCAUCUUGCCACAACACACACCAUGCUUCAGUUUGCAGCGGACUGCGUCCCAAACGCACGGACCGGCGUGGGUUUUGUCAGGGCAAUGACCAGCAAAAGAACAGUUCUCUGCGCGGCGUGCUUUAGUGUGCUGAAGCAGCACUACAGUGGGCUUUACCCUCCUCCCUUCAGAUUGUGACAGGAUCUCUCCACAGGUUGAAGAUUGGAAAUAAAGCAGACCUGUAUGCUUAACAAA